AUGUCGAACAAUGUGUGUGACUUGUGUACUAUUCGUUCCUUUGGGGUGCGCUGUAGACCCAGCCCUAAUCCCAAAAUUAUUGAGGUUACGUGGCAUCCCCCUUGCUUUGGUUCGGUCAAAAUUAAUACUGAUGGCACUCGCAAAAGUGACUUUGGUAAAGUAGGUAGUGGUGGUGUGUUUCGAGAUUAUCAUGGUUGUGUACAUAGGGCAUUUUGCUCCAAUUUAGAUGUCCCUAGUGCAGUACAUGUUGAAGUUUUAGAUGUCAUCAAGGCCAUUAAGCUUGCUUGGCUUCAUGCUUGGCAUAAUGUUUGGAUUGAAACUGAUUCGUUAUUAGUUACUCAAUUCUUUUGCUCUCCUCAUUUGUUCCCUUGGCACUUGCGAUUUGAUUGGCAGAAUUGCUUGCAUCGUCUCCAGUACAUGUUGUUUAAGAUUUCUCAUAUAUUUCGCAAGGGUAAUCAUAGAGUUGACACUUUGGCAAAUCACGAUGUUCAGGGCUCUGGGUUCACGUGGUGGGACAUUGCACCUUCAUUUAUUUUGUCUUCGUCAUCGGGACCAGCUGGGCAUGCCAGGUUUUGGUUUGGUCCCCCUGCUGGGAUGGGCGGGGGCUCUCGAAAUGUGUUGGUCCCUUCUUUGAGGGUUGUGGAUGUUUGUGCAUUCGAUGACCGAUACUGA